AUGGCACUGGCAAUGCUCUGUGACUGGUGCAGGUGGAUGGGCGUGAAUGCACAUCGUUCCCUGCUCAUCCUGGGCAUCCCUGACGACUGCGGGGAAGAGGAAUUCCAGAAGGCCGUGCACGCUGCCCUAUGGCCCCUGGGCGGGUACCGAGUGCUGGGCAAAGUGUUCAGAAAGGAGCUCGGAUCCAGGGUCGCCUUGGUCGAGUUUGCUCAGUAUUUAAACCGAAGUUUAAUCCCCCAACAAAUACCGGGCAAGGGAGGACCCUGGCCUGUGGUCUUUCUGCCCCAGGCCCCUGAUUCAGAGUCACAGGAUAGACCAGAUUUCCCUGCAGAACCCCAGAGGCAGGCAGGGGCCGCAGGUGAGGCAGGAGCUGAAGGUGAGGAAGGAGCUGGGGGCGAAGAGAGAGCUGAAGGUGUGGCAGGAGCUGCAGGUGAGGAAGGACGCGAAGGUGAGGAAGAAGCUGCAGGGGACGCAGGAGCCGCAGGUGUGGCAGGAGCAGAAGAGGAAGGAGGAGUGUCAGAUGAGGAGGGCGCUGCAGGCGUGGCAGGAGCCGCAGGUGAGGAAGGAGCUGUAGGUGUGGCAGGAGCCGCGGGUGUGGCAGGAGCAGAAGACGAAGGGGCACUGUCAGAUGAGGAGGGAGCCUCAGGUGACACAGGAAUCGCAGGUGUGGCAGGAUCCGUGAGUAUGGCAGGAGCGGCAGGUGAGGCAGGCGCUGCGAGCGAGGAAGGAGCUGUGGGUGUGUCAGGAGUCAUAGAUGAGGGAGGAUCCUGGACCCAGCAACGGAAUCAGGCCCAGCAGCCUGUGCCUGAGAACAUGGCCUAUGGGGAACUGAGAACCUUUUCCGGGCUGGAAGAGCCAGACCAAGAGGAAGAGUCCUUUGAGAGCUGGCUGGACCAUGCCAACGACAUGCUGUACACGUGGCGCCACGUGUCAGAAAGGGAGAGGAGGCGGCAGCUGGUGGAAAGCUUGGGCGGCCCCGCGCUGGAUCUCCUGUGCGGCCUCCUGGCGGAAAACCCCGACAUGCCUGCGCAGGAUUGCCUGGCCGCGCUGGUACAGGCGUUUGGGGACAAGGACACCCGCGUGACUGCACGGCUGAAGUUCCUGACUUGUGCUCAGCGGCCCCGGGAGACUCUCUUUGCCUAUGUGAUGCGCCUGGAAGGCCUGCUGCAGUCGGCCGUGGAGAAGGGGGCCUUCCAUCCUGUCAUCGCAGACCAGGUUCGCGCCAGGCAGGUGCUGAUGCGGGCCCGCCCGAACGAGAUGCUCCAGAACAAGCUGAGGAGGAUGCGGCUGGAGAGGAGACCACCUGGCUUCGUGGGGAUGCUGCGGCUCAUUCGGGAGACUGAGGCAUGGGAGGCCCGCCCAGCUAGGGGUGAGCAGUUCCAAGCGGCAGAAGGGGCCUCUGUGGACAUUGGCGGGAUGGCCGGUGCCCAGGCUGCCCCCGCCAGUGAAGAGGUUGCCGAAGCCUCCGCAGCCAAUGAAGAUGCUUUCCGGGCCGCCCCAGCUCUUGAAGUCAUCACUGAG